AUGCAGAAGUUUUUGGUGAUCCAUACUCGAGGCUUCUCUAAUACCACAUAUGCUCAGAAAGCAGCAUGCUCUAUUGUUAAACCAGUGCAUCAUUUAGUUAAGAUCGAUAAGAAUAGAUUAUCUCCUAGGUUUCCGGAACUGAAUUACAGCAAGAAUGACAUUAGGUCACCAUCGUUUAAGCCAACUGAGACAUGUCAAGAUCGAGUCAGAGAGCAUUAUUUGAAUACUAUCCAACCUGAUCUUUUAUUGAUGAACUAUCAACAUAAAGCCGAUAUAAAGGAAGGGUUGAAGAAAAGAGGAUGGGAUGGUACCUCCCCAUAUCAUAUAAAUAGAGCACCAAGGAAACCAAAGGGGUCAGUAGCACAAUUCCCAGACAUACAUCCUAUUAAAUGGAAUAAUAUACCAGAAAUCAAGAAUAUUGUACUGAAUUGUUACGUUAAGGAAGCCAAAGAAAACCAAUUGCUGGCCAUUAGUGCGGCCUUACAAUUGCAACAAAUUACUGGUUGCAAACCGAAGAUGAUUUAUUCCAAGUCUGAUGUCCCAUCGUGGAAAGUUAGGAAAGGUCAUCAUAUGGGUGCUAAAGUAGAACUUUCUGGAUAUCCAAUGUCUCAAUUCUUAACAACUUUGGCAGAAAUUGUAUUACCAAGAAUCAGAGAAUAUAAGGGGAUAAGUGAUAAAUCUGGUAAUAGAUUCGGCGGACUUUCUUUUGGUCUUAGACCAGAGGACGUUCGCUUCUUCCCAGAGAUUGAUUCUAAUCAAGAUUUGUGGCCAAGAACUUUUGGUAUGCAUAUAAACAUCAAUACAACGGCUCAAACAGAUGAACAAACGAGAGCAUUAGUAAGUGCUUUCCAAUUACCCUUCCACAAGGCUUGA